AUGGCCGCUCCAAUUAGUAAUGAAAUUGCACAAAAGAUAUUCAAGGCAAAGGAAGAACAAAGUGACACUCUCAAAAAGAUGGGAAGUCGCCUUACCAAGCUAGAAGAAGCCAAGCUGAAGAAACCCCCACAUGUGGAUGUUCUCGAUGAGGAAGAUACGGAAGAUUUGGAUGAAAGGGACAAAGCUGAUUAUGAAAGGAGCAAGCAAUUUGCAAAACUCACGGCGGAAACCAUAGCCAUGAGAGAGAAGAUGGAGAAAAUGCAACUAGCCUUUCGCAAGGCCCAAAGGAUGGAUGAUAGUCUCUAUAAAAUGGGGGGUACAAGCUCUAAGACUCCCAUUACACUACCUCCAAAGUUCAAGAUUUAUGAUGCAAAAAAUUUUGAUGGGACUAGAGAUUCAAGGCAACAUGUUAGGAGGUACCUAAGCAUCAUUGAAAUGAAGGGGUUGGAUGAGAAGCAAACUUUGCAUGAGUUUCCUCUCUCACUCAUGGGGGGUGCAUCAAAAUGGUACUAUAGUUUGGAUCCAAGCAAGACUAAGGUGUGGAAUAAGCUAGUGGAAUUAUUUGUGGAUCAAUAUAUCUUCUAUACUAUGAUUGAUGUGGCUUUAAGAGAUUUGGAGACCACUACGCAUGGAGUAGGGGAAACAUUCUCCGAAUACAUGACAAGGUGGAAGGGAAAGACAUCUAGGAUGGUUAAUAGGACAAAUGAGAAAGAUCAAAUCAACAUGAUUAUCAAGAAUUUGGUUCCAUCAUAUAAUAGUAGGCUCUUGUCAUUGCCUAUUAGUUCUUUUGGAGAGUUGUGUGAUUUUGGAACUAGGAUAGAGGAUGCCAUCAAUAAUGGACAACUGGAGAAGGGUGAGAGCAAACCUCCAAUCAAGAAGGCAUAUAGAGGAGGAGCGACUACCUCUAAAAUUCCCAAUCCCAUGAAUGUAAGUGCCAUCAUACCUCAACAAACCUUAACCUACCCAAGCUUCACAAAGAAAGCUCACUGA